GAGGGAGGAAGAGGCGGAGCCGCAGCAGAAGCAGGAGGAGAGAAGCAGCGGCGCGGCUCCAGCCCUCCCUGAACUCGCAGCCCCCCGGGACCAUCGCCCCCCACCCCAAUUUCCCAUUCCCAACCCUUGGCUGGAUGGAGGAGGAGGCUGCAAGGAAGAAGAGACCCCAGAACAUCCAGGCAGACAAGGAGCUGAGGAUGGAGACCAGGGAAGUCAAAUCCCCACGGCAGAACCUUGUGCAAGAGGCUGUUUGGAGUGGCUCCACGGCGCAGGAAUCCAGUGGGGAGGAAAAGCUGCAGAGAUCCUGUACGAGGAGAGGCUCCAAACCCAGCCCAGAGUGCUCUGAAGAGGAAAAAGCCAGCCUGGGCCAGGAAGAUGGACAGAGCUUCAGCCGGAGCUCGGAGAUGGUGGUCCACGAGCAGCUUCUCGAUGACGAAAAGCCCCACAAGUGCUUGGAGUGUGGGAAGAGCUUCAGCUGGAGGUCCCGCCUGAUCCGCCACCAGAUGAUCCACACUGGAGAGAAGCCCUAUGAGUGUCCUGAGUGUGGGAAGGGCUUCAGAGACAGCCCUGGACUGAUCAUCCACCAUCGCAUCCACACCGGGGAACGACCCUUUGAGUGUGGGGAAUGUGGCCUGAGCUUCAGCCGGAGCUCUCACCUCACUUCUCACCUGAAGAUCCACACUGGGGAGCGGCCCUAUGAGUGUCCCAAAUGUGGGAAGAGUUUUCAGACCAGCUCUCUUCUCCUCAUACAUGAGCGGAUUCACACAGAUGAGAGGCCCUUCCGCUGCCCCGACUGCAAGAAGGGCUUCAGGUACAGCUCCCACCUCAUCAGGCACCAACGCAUCCACAGUGGGGAGAAGCCCUACCAGUGUCCUGAGUGUGGGAAGUGCUUCAGGACCAGCUCAGUCUUGAAUCAACACCAGUGGAGACACCAGUAAUGAAGCUCUGCAAGUGCCCCACUUCAGGAAGAAUUUAAUCCUCUGCUCCAUCUCCAUCCCCCAUCAGAGGACCCAUGCUGGGGAGAGCCCUGAUGUCCCACAUUCCCGGUGAUCCAUGUUGGGAAGACGUCUGGCUGUGACGCCUAGAGGAGCUGGAACAGAGUCCAGACAGAGUUAAGAGGAAUAAAGUGGGUACUUAUAAAGGGGCCUUCAAAGGCAGCACCCUGGCAGUACCAGUGCCACACUUGUGGCCCUGCCCACAUGGCUUCAAGAUGGAAGCAAAAGAGGGCUUGGUCACCAGAUCUCACAUUUUUAUAAGUUUAGUCCAUUUGCAUACAGAGUUCAUCUGUCCAGUUAAUAGCCUCAAAUUAUGAAGUGGCAUCCUCCUUGCUUGCUUACUUGCUUGCUCACCGUCUUCUUUCCAUAUUCUUUAUGCUUAGGGCCUGAAGUUUGAAGAGAUUGUCCUUGAGUCUCCAGCUGGAAUAGGACUUUUGUCUUCACCACCCUGUGAAAAGACCCUAGUAACCCUUAAUACAAAGCUAAAAGCUACCAAAGUAGAACAGAAAAACUUAAAACUUAAAGCAUUAAUUUCCCCCCUUUGGGAGUUUGACAAGACCUCUAUCUUGUCGACUCUAUUCUAAAUAUUUACUGGCAGUGAGUACUUAAUGACAAAUAAGUGUGUAACAAUAAUGAAUAUCUAGCACUAGAAAAAUAUAUAAUAGUAAAUGCAUACUUAAUGAUAAAUGUCCUGGUUUGAAGAACGAGUGUCUGCCAAUAAAGGCAGAAGCUCCUCUUUGAAACAGAGAAUGUAAGACCCCUCCCUCCCGAGUAUUGUAAUUAUUGAAUCAGGAACUCUCAGGCAGAGAUAAGGGGGUAGGAAUAACAGCUCUCUAUUAAUAUAUCUAACCAGACAAACAGAAAAACAGUAGCUAUGAAAAUUAACGACCAAACAAUACACAUAACUCAGUUCCAGUCCUUCAUCCAGCCGCAGACACACUGCCUGCAGUCAAUCCUGGUGGUGAAGGUGGGGUAGGACCUGCACAGCUGCGGAGGUGGCAGACAGGAGUGGGGAGGGAAGGGAGGCAGCAGCAGCCAGGCUGUGUCUAAGGUGGGAGCAGGGUGGCGGAACAGCUCGCCACUCACCAUUUGAGUCCUGGUGGUCAGCUGUGGUCUUACAGGUAGGAGGCUGGAGCAGACCAGAUGCAGAUCAGUGUUCCACAGGAGAGUACCUGGUUUCCCGAAGUUCCGACCGCAUGGGCUGGAGAUGGCAAUCCUCCUCCUCAGAGCUCGCUGGUGAGAGAGCAGCCCCCCGGAAGCCAGCUCCCACCUACCCCUUUGUCUAGAGUUCUGAAAAGAGCCUGGGUGUAACCCAGCAGGAUCCCCUAGCAUAUUAAUGGGAAAAGUUCUUUAAGCUGGGACAGUAAGAGAACAAACCUCAACCCUCAGCAUUAUCCACCCCAAAUUUUUCCCAUACCAACAUGCUACAUCAAAUUAAAACUUUUAAAUCAUAUACAUACAUGCAGUUACAGAAACAGGCACAGUAUCAUAGAUAGUUCACCCUAGAACAAGGACUCCUUGAGGUAUGCAUGGGGUCUCUCCAUCAUUUUGCAUCACUCACCAAGUGCAGACUAGGCCUUGAGCGAAAACCACCCAACGAACAGGAUUGUCUUUGCUGGAGGCAGAGUUCACCGAAACAGUUUUUCCUAAUGUGCCUCUCAGGUGUACUACUGGAACCUUUUCUCCAUCUGGUGCUCCCAAGGGCUCAGAUUGGGCAGGGCCUGCUCGGUUGGUGGAACCUCGGGUAUUCACUAACCAUGUGGCCUUUGGUAGAUUAAUCUCCCACUUCUUGAAAGUACCCCCACCAAGUGCCUUUAAGAUGGUUUUAAGCAGGCAAUUCGACUUUCCCAGCCACUAGUGCAUGGUAGGGAAUAUGGUACACCCACUCAAUGCCGUGUUCUCUAGCCCAGGUUCUUAUAAGGCUAUUCUUGAAAUGAGUCCCAUUGUCUUGACUCAAUUCUCAGGGGUGCCAUGCCUCCAAAGGACUUGUUUCUCAAAACCCGGCAUGGAGUUCUGAGCAGUGGCAUGGGGCACAGGGUAGGUUUCCAACCAUCCUGUGGUGGCUUCCACUGUUGUCAACACGUAGUGCUUGCCUUGGUGGGUUUGAGGCAGUGUGAUGUAGUCAAUCUACCAGGCCUCUCUGUACUUAUAUUUGGAUCAUUGCCCACCAUACCAGAGGGGCUUCACCUGCUUGGCUUGCUUGAUGGCAGCGCACGUGUCACAGUCGUGGAUAACCUGAGAGAUGCUGUCCAUGGUUAGAUCCACCCCUCGGUCUCGUGCCCACUUAUAGGUGGCGUUUCUGCCCUGAUGACCUGAGGUAUUGUGGGCCCAUCGAGCCAGGAACAAUUCUCCUUUGUGUUGCCAAUCCAAGUCUGUCUUUGACACCUCUAUCCGUGCAGCCUGAUCUACCUGCUCAUUGUGUCGGUGUUCUUCAUUAGCCUGACUCUUGGAAACAUGGGCAUCCACAUGACAGAUUUUCACGGGUAGCUUCUCUACCCGAGUGGCAAUGUCUUUCCAGUCAUCAGCAGCCCAGAUUGGUUUUCCUCUACUUUGCCAGUCAGCCUUUUUCCACCUUUCCAGCCAACCCCACAGAGAAUUGGCUACCAUCCAUGAAUCAGUGUAAUAAUAGAGCUUUGGCCACUUCUCUCUUUAAGCAAUGUCCAAGGCCAGCUGAACAGCUUUGAGUUCAGCAAGUUGACUUGAUCCACCUUCUCCUUCGGUAGCUUGUGCAACCUGUCGUGUGGGGCUCCAUACGGCUGCUUUCCACUUUUGGUUCAUUCCCACAAUACGACAGGAACUGUCAGUGAAAAGGGCGUAGCAUGUUUCAUCUGCUGGCAGUUGGUUGUACGGUGGAGCUUCUUCAGCCCGGGUCACUUGUUUCUGGUCCUCUUCAUCAGUGAGACCAAAAUCUUCACCUUCUGGCCAGUUUGUAAUUAUCUCCAAAAUCCCAGGGCGAUUCGGGUUGUCAAUACGGGUGCGCUGCGUGAUGAGGGCAAUCCACUUGCUCCAUGUGGCGUCGGUGGCAUGGUGGGUAGAGGGAACCUUUCCUUUAAACAUCCACCCCAGCACUGGCAGUUGGGGUGCCAAGAGAAGCUGUGCUUUGGUGCCAAUCACCUCUGAGGUAUCUUGAACUCAUUCAUAGGCAGCCAAGAUCCCCUUCUCUGUGGGAGUGAAAUUGGCUUCAGACCCUCUGUAACUUCUGCUCCAGAAUCCCAGGGGUCGGCCUCGGGUCUCACCAGGCACCUUCUACCAAAGGCUCCAGGACAGACCAUGGUUCCCGGCUGCAGAGCAGAGCACAUUCUUUACCUCUGGUCCCAUCCUGACUGGGCCAAGGGCUACUGCAUGAGCGAUCUGCUUGAUCUGGGCGAAGGCUUGCUGUUGUUCAGGGCCCCAGUGGAAAUUGUUCUUCUUGCUGGGGACCAGGUAGAGAGGGCUCACAAUCUGGCUGUACUCAGGCAUGUGCAUUCUCCAAAAGCCUAUGGCACCUAGGAAAGCUUAUGUUUCCUUCUUGCUUAUUGGUGGAGACAUUGCAGUGAUCUUAUUGAUGAUCUCAGUGGGGACCUGGCGCUGUCUAUCUUGACUGGGUCUCUCGGGCAGGUCCUUUGGCUUUGCUUUUCUUAAUGGCAAAGCCGGCUCCCAGCAAAAUCUGGAUGACUUCUUACCUUUCUCUGAUACCUCCAUUGCCCUGUUCCCCCACACAAUGAUGUCAUUGAUGUUGUGCAGGUCUUAUGCAGCCUCACCCUUUUCCAGCGCAGCCUGGAUCAGUCCAUGGCAGAUGGUGGGGCUGUGUUUCCACUCCUGAGGCAGUUGGUUCCAGGUGUACUGCGCACCCCUCCAGGUGAAAGCAAACUGAGGCCUGCACUCUGCUGCCAAAGGAAUGGAGAAAAAUGCUUUGGCAAUGUCACUGGUGGCAUACCACCUUGCUGCCUUGGACUCCAACUCAUACUGCAGCUCCAGCAUGUCCAGCACGGCAGCGCUCAGCGGUGGAGUCACUUCAUGCAAUGCACGAUAGUCCACAGUUAAUCUCCUUUCUCCAUCAGAUUUGCAGGCAGGCCAGAUGGGGCUGUUAAAGGGUGACUGGGUUUUGGCUCUCUGGCUCUCGGAUCAUCUUGUGGAUGGGGAUCGCAGUAUCUCGAUCUGUCCGGUACUGCCAGCGGUACACUGUCAAGGUGGCAAUUGGCACCUGUUGCUCUGUCACUUUUAGGAGUCCUACUCCAGAUGGGUUUUCUGACAAUCCAGGUGUGUUCAACUGCUUAAUGCUCUCUGCUGCUACAGCAGCUAUUCCAAAAGCCCACCUGAGUCUCCUUGGGUCUUUUUAAGAGCGGUUUCGGAGGAAGUCUAUGCCUAGAAUACAUGGAGCCUCUGGGCCAGUUACAAUAGGAUGUUUCUGCCACCCCUUCCCUUUCAUGCUUACCUCAGCUUCCAGCAAAGUCAAUUCCUGUGAUCCCCCUGUCACCCCAACAAUGGAAACAGGUUCUUCCCCCACAUGUCUUGAUGAUAUCAUGGUACACUGUGAACCAGUAUUAACUAACACUCUAUGUUUUUGUGGCUCUGAUGUGCCAGGUCAUCAGAUCCACCAUGUCCAAUAGAUCCUGUCAUCGCAUGCCUCUCCCUGAAUUGAGGCAGGACCCCUCUAGCCCUGCUUAUUAUUUCCUUCUUGGGCAUACAGAGCAGAGGUUUCUUCAAGUGGGUCUGACAGAUUAUCUUCUCUUCUGUAAUACCCUGCACCUUGGUUAUGGGAAGUCGAGUCUACCUUCACUUUAGUAGAACUCCCUUAGUUAGUGCUUCCCUCCUUGAGUUUAUGCAGCCGUGCUGGUAGGACAGAAGUGGGUUUCCCAUCCCAUUUUCCCAUGUCUUCCCCAUGGUCUCGCAGGAAGAACCACAGGUCAGCUCAUGGGUUGUACCCUCUCUCCCUCGCUGGGGGGCGUUGGACUCUAAAUCUGGGGCCUUUGACUCGUACUGGUGCCACACUGAUCUUCCUCACCUCCCUCAUCUCUUCUUGGAGGCUCUUGACCACAACAGUUGGAACUGGAACAUCCCCCCCACCGCAGUCCCCAAGGCCCCCCUCAAUCCCAGCCAUGCACUGAGCAAUAAAUGCAGUUCCCCAAAUCCUCUCUGGCCAUGCCAGAGUGAAUGUAUUUCCCCUCCCAAUUGCACUGGUGGGCAAGUACUUACUGGCCAUGGGAUGAGUAAAGGCAGCUCAGCUGGCAGCUCAGCCAGCUGUGCGGAAUCCUUUUGCCUGCACUGCAGCAUCCUGACUUUUGUUUUUGUUUUUGUUGUUGUUGUUGUUGUUUGGUGGGGGGAAGUGUUGGUUUUUUUCUUUUAAUUCUGAGUCAGGAGCACUGAGAAAUCCAGUUGUUGAAAUCUAGCUGUUGUUAGAAGAAUUUAGGCAGCUGGCAUCUGAGCUCUGACACCAACAGCUCUGCUCCAUAUGGCUCAGCUUCAGCACCAGACAAUUUUAACAAGUAAGGAGAACAAACAAUCCAUCAAGCCUAAUUAAUUUCUUCUUUUUUAAGGGAAGCAAUUUAUACCACAUCAAGACACAUUGUUGUUCCCAGUGACUUCUCCUUAGGAACGUUUCUUCCAGCCUGACUUGCAGCAGAAACACUGCUAUGAUUAUCUUUGCAAAACAUUCAGAGUUCUGCUGGAACAACAUAUUAUUGAAUACUUCUUUAUUUUGGAUAGAAUGCACAAAUUAACCCCAUGGUUCAGUGAGCAGUGGGGGCCGACUGGGGCUGUUGCAGCUCCAGCACAGCAGCUCAGGUGCUCAAAGGCCAAAUGUCCUGGUAAGGGGCUCGAGCUGUGCCUGAGAUGAUUCAGGUUGGAUAUCAGGAGGAAUUUCAGUGCUCUGGGAUGGGGACAAGGUGAGGAUCAGGCACAGAUUAUCAUUUCUCUACCCCACCAAAAUAAAAACUCCCAGUGUGAAGAGGAACACUUGAUAAAGCUGUUAAGAGUCUGGAAUUUGCCACAGGUAAAACACUGCUCCCCUGCCCCAACAUAUGGACAUUAAAAACAAAAACAUAAAACACCCAACCAACAACCACAAAAAAAGCAUCAAUAAAAGCAAAAAUCUCACAACUAAACCUGUGAAAAUCCUUGGCUUUUUGAACCUUCAUUAAGCCAAAAGCACUAAUUCUUUACGAAGUUGAGAUUAAUUAUUAAAUCUUAAAGUCCUGUCAUGAUUCAUAUGUGGGAACUAUCAUUGCUUGACUGAUCUCUCUUCUAACUGGAUUUUGAAAGACAAAGUUGUUGUUCUGGCAUUUCAUUUAUCCUUCUAAAACUAUGCUUGAACAUUAUCUUAACUACUAAGACUCUACAAUGCAAAUUUGUGCUAAAUCGACAGAUGGAAAACAGAGUUUGAAGUUCCCAAAUUAAGCAGCAUCCCUUCAACAGCAAUAGCGCAAAUAAAGUAUUAUUGUACGAGAGAAUCUAUGUUCUGUAAUUUACAAUAGCUGAGUAAUGAUGUGGUAAGGAUGCAGUUAGACCUCAUUUGCUUAUGUAAGUGAUCUGAAUAAAAAAGAUCAAUACAGUCUACACCUAGUGUGAAAAGCAAUUAGUUUAAUUGACAAAAAACCUUUGGCCUCAGCUAAUUACAUAAAAUUUACCUAAUACUCAUGCAAAUUAAGAUUAAUUGCAUAAAUCCUUUUACCCGUGAUGUGGUAUUUUCUCUGUAAAAUUAAGGAUUUUAAUUUUAGGAAAAUUACACUUAUUCUUGUUUUCAAAAAUUUCUACAUUACUUCUAAAUUAGAAAUGAAGCCAUUUUAGUCACACCGAAGUGCUAUGGAAACGAUAGAGCAUCAAAAUUUACUGUUCUGACCAUCCAGCUUAUAAUCCAGAAGCAAAGAGGGCAAGCAAAGCUGAUGUCCUGAGAUGCUUGAUGUGGAUGACAUGGAUAAUUUCCCAUUAUUGCCAGAACCACAGUGAUGGGAAGGGGGACAGGGCUCCUUCAUAGAAAAUUCAGAGCACAAAAAUUAGAUUUCUCUUCUGAAUUAUCUCUGAAGGAAACUUUUCAGUCAAUGAGAGGAGACACCUUAAUUUGUGAUUUUUAUCUAUAAUGAGACUGUUCUGGCCUCUUCAUAGCAUGAUGGAGUGUCAGGAUGGGGCUUUAAGUUAUUUUCUAAUUUAAAGAUAACUGCCACACAUUGCCUGGCCACGCUUGGAGUCAAGGACACGGAGGUUCAGCCUUGCACCUCCUUGUGACAGGAGGACAAGGAUGGAGCUUUAGCCUGCUAGGGCAGUAGGGAACAAACUCCUGGCCCAGCCAGGUGUUCUGCGGAAUACAGAAAUGCAUCCCUCAUCCAGAGCUGCUGCCAUGGAACAUGCUGAGCUGCUGGAGCAGCCACUGCUGGCCAAGGCUUCCUCCAUCUGCUGAUGGCCACUUCUCUAGUGCAAGGAAGGACUACUCAUGGGGUCUUUUGGUUGGGAGGGACCUUCAGGAUCAUCCAUUUCCAUUCUGUGCCAGCUUCCCCUAUCCCAGGCUGCUCCAAGCCCAGUGCCCAGCCUGGCCUUGGACACUUCCAGGGAUCCAGGGGCAGCCACAGCUGCUCUGGGCACCCUGUGCCAGUUCUUCCCAGCUUCUGGCCAUGAGGAAUAGAUACUUAGGUCCCCAUCACCAGCUGAGAAAUGAAUUAAUUGGUGAUGGCACCCAUGCAGUGCCAUGAGUGAAGGUCUGGGUGAAUCUGAGGCAGUGUGGAACUGUUCCAUCCCUGUUCCAUCCUCACUUCUGAGCAUAACGGGUAAGGAGAGACAUCAGGCUCAAGUCAGAGGGAAUUAGAGGUGGUUGGACUUUGGGGAAUGUCCCUUUGACAUAGGGGAACAGCUGUUGCUGCUCGCUGAGUGCUAAGUGCUCAGGGCACAGCUUGGAGUGGGAAAUGCUGUGGCUCUGAGAGGCAGCAAAAGUGAAGAUUUAACUUUUUACAGGUUAAAUCCAUCAGUCCAGUGAGAAUUAGAAAAAGGAGUUGCUGCUCUAAACCCUUCCCAAUCCCAGCUAAAUGUCACUGGUGUGAGCAGUGGAUGCAGAGUUUGGGAGGGGAUUGAUUAAAUCUCUGUGCAGAAUCAGGGCUCUGGGUGACCCUUGGAGCUGAGACCUUGCUUGGAAUAUAAAAGGGUUUGGAGUAAGUCCCAGUCUCUAAUUCCCAAUUUAUCAUACUCUUUCAUGGGCAUAGUGUAUACAUUUCAGGAAGUGAUGGUAAUAUGAAAAAGUGCAAUAUUUCUGAUCACUCUACAGAUCUACACACAUUUUCCAGGGGUGCUCAGACCUUUGCACCAAGAAAUACAGAAAGCCAGGAAUGUAUCUGAGGUUUUAUUACAUUUUUCCAUACCCUUCACAGCCCAGUUCCUGAGUACAGGUCACCUAUCCCUGGAAUAGGGGACUUCAUAAAACACCUUUAACCUUCCAAAUCCACCCUCAUUUGUUGAUCCAUACUCUGCAAUUCCACACAGAGUUCAGCUCUCCCAAUUAUGCAAUCCAGCGGUGUAUUUUUUUUAAUCAUCUAUAUACAGGUCUGAAUGCAGUUAAUAAAUUUUUUACAAAAUCCUCUGCAGAACAGUUGGUAUUUUCUGGCUUUCAGCACUGUAUGGUAAUGUAAAUAUCAGGACAGCAUAAGGUGAUAAUUAUGAAAUUAUAUUUUCCUACUUUAAGGAAAUAAAGGCUUCUUAAAAGUAAAUAAAACUUGUCUUUUCCACUGCAA